CAGGGCUGCACGAGCGCCAAGAGGGAAAACAAGCAGCAGCAGCGGGAGGAGCCGCGCGCACUUUGUCGCCGGGCGGCGGAGGAGAAGGAGGCGCGCGCCAUGGGGCUGCUGCUGCUGCUGAGGGUGCUGCUGUGGGUCUCGGCCGCCCUUGUGGCCACUGCCUCCCCCUUCGGCUCCCUCUGGCCCCUGCCCCGCUCCGUGUCCCUCUCGCCCGACCGGCUGCAGCUCUCGCCCAGGCGCUUCCAGAUCGCCCACGGCCCGGGCUCCUCGGCGGGUCCCGGCUGCGCCUUGCUGCAGGACGCCUUCCGAAGGUAUUAUGAAUACAUAUUUGGGUAUUCCAAAUGGCAGAAUCAAGAUGAGAAGAAUCUUAUUUCUGAAGCAGAGCUGUCUUCACUCCAGGUCAUUAUCACUUCAGCAGUUUCUGAAUGCAAUGCAUACCCUACCCUCGCAUCAGAUGAAACUUAUCAGCUCAUAGUUUCAGGACCCACAGCUGUACUGGAAGCAAACAAAGUCUGGGGAGCAUUAAGAGGUUUAGAAACAUUCAGUCAGUUAGUAAAUGAAGAUGAUUAUGGAAGCAGACUGAGGAGUCUGGAGAAUGACAGACAUGGGUAAUUGUGUUCCUCGGGUAUUGACUACAAUGUGAGUGAUGAAUGCCUCCUGAGACAGGAAAGCAUCCCUUUUGUACAGAGCCACACCACAUCCUUACUUUGAAAUCCUUCUCCUUUACAAAAUGUUUAUCAUGUUCUGGAAAUAUGUGUGUCUUUUGUGCUGUCUGUAAAUUUACCUACAUCACCCUGCUUAUUUCUCUUUGGUAUGUCUAAAAGGUCUAAGUUGGUAUGUCCUUUAACUACAUUGUAUAAUUCUGGAGUCUGAUACCCCUUUCCUGAUUUUAGGGUACAUUAGUGGAGCUGCAUCUGUUGAAUCUUUCCUAGUGGAAUAGGAAGGAAAAUAAGUUCAAGUAUUUGUCUUGUAGAAUGGAAUUCUUAAUAGUUAUUGAUGACCUUUGAUGACAUAUCAUCUUGAAAAUGUUCAUAAAUAUUUUUGGAAUUGAGUUUAAUAUUAAUUUCAUGCCUGGGGUGUUGUGUGGUUUCCGGGCUGUAUGACAUUGUCAAUUAGUGAGGGCAUCUGCAUAGAAGUAGCCUGGCCUUCAUUCCUUUUGAAUUGUUUCCUGCCUAGAGACAUCCUUUGAUGUCAGUUCAAAAGAAACGAAGGCCAGGCUACUUCUAUGCCCACACUAAUUGACUGUUCUAUCUUCAUGAUUACUUACAUGCUAAUGGGUGGAUCCCACUCAACACAUGCAAAUCAAGAUUGCUAAUUGCAUCCCUUUACACUAGUUUAACAAACAAUGGUUCUUUCUCCUACUCUGGACAUUCCACAACUUUAUAUACUCCACUUGCUUUACUACCAUUGGAUCAUCUGAA